CCACAUGAAGCAGGAAGAGAGAGAGAGAGAGGAGAGAGGGAACAGCCGUCCAGCUAGAUCAGAUUGCUAAAGAGUGAUAGAGAGAGCAGUUGGGGGACAUUUACUGGUUUUUAAGAUUAAAAAAAAAAAAAAGGACAGAGUAAAGGAUUAAAAGUAAGAAGGACCUGCUGAAACGACAGCCUCAAGGAUGGAGAUACAAAAACCCGAAUUGUCUUUUGGAUAGCUCUGUUUUAAAAAGCUUUGCACCCCACUUUGCAGGUCCAGGCAGAGAGCGAGUGGCCCAGAGGUUCAAGUGUGGCAACUACAUUUCGUCUGCACUGGAAAAGGAUGAUGAGACCCAAAGGUGCAGAGGAUGACGGAGCGGCCCUCUACGGUUUUUGAGUAGACGAAGGAGGAGAAGCUGCAGCUGCAGACGCGCAGAAUGCCUCAGUUUGGUUAAUGGGAGCACUGGGAGAGGACGCAGCGCCCCACGAUUCUGGAGCCUCCAUUUCAGACAGGUGGGGAUAGAGGAACUGGAUUCAUACACUGAGCUCCCACUAUGCCCCCUAAAUGACUCACUAAAAUGCAGCAUAGCCAGUGAUCAAGCUGCGAGGGGCCUUGAUCACGCACUUGGACUCCAGGCCUGCCCGUCUGACAAAAGCCCGGCAGCUGGAGACGACGUCAAGGAGUAUGAGUGUGGGAAGAAUCAACCGCUACAGCAUUGUUUCGUCAGAGGAAGAAGGCCUCCGCCUCACUACCAUGCAUGGCAUGAAUGGCUUUGGGAAUGGCAAGAUCCACACACGCCGCAAGUGCCGCAACCGCUUUGUGAAAAAGAAUGGCCAGUGCAACGUGCAGUUUGCCAACAUGGACGACAAAUCACAGCGCUACAUGGCCGACAUCUUCACCACGUGCGUCGACAUCCGCUGGCGAUGGAUGCUGGUAGUCUUCACUCUUGUGUUUGUCAUAUCUUGGCUGGCCUUUGGGUUGGCCUUUUGGGUCAUUGCUUUGCUGCACGGGGAUCUGGACAACCCAGCUGGAGACGACAACUUCACUCCCUGCGUGCUGCAGGUCAACGGGUUUGUGGCUGCGUUUUUGUUCUCCAUUGAAACACAGUCAACAAUAGGGUAUGGCUACCGCUGCGUGACCGAGGAGUGCCCAGUGGCUGUCUUCAUGGUCGUCUUCCAGUCGAUAGUUGGCUGCAUCAUUGACUGCUUCAUGAUAGGCGCCAUCAUGGCUAAAAUGGCGAGGCCUAAGAAGCGAGCGCAGACACUCUUGUUUAGCCACAACGCAGUCAUUGCCAUGCGGGAUGGAAAGCUGUGUCUUAUGUGGAGAGUGGGAAACCUUCGCAAGAGUCACAUUGUAGAAGCUCAUGUCAGAGCACAGCUAAUCAAACCUCGGAUAACCGAUGAGGGGGAGUAUAUUCCACUAGACCAGAUAGACAUUAAUGUAGGGUUUGACAAAGGUUUAGACAGGAUCUUCUUGGUUUCACCCAUCACUAUUCUCCAUGAGAUAGACGAGGAGAGCCCUCUGUUUGGAAUCAGCAAGCAGGACCUGGAGACGGCAGACUUUGAGAUCAUCGUCAUCCUAGAGGGAAUGGUCGAAGCAACCGCCAUGACCACGCAGGCUCGCAGCUCCUACCUGGCCUCUGAGAUUCUUUGGGGCCACAGGUUUGAACCUGUCCUGUUUGAGGAAAAAAACCUGUACAAGGUGGAUUAUUCACACUUUCACAAAACGUACGAGGUGCCGUCCACCCCUCGCUGCAGUGCCAAGGACAUGGUGGAGAACAAGUUCCUCAUGCCCAGCUCCAACACCUUCUGCUAUGAAAACGAGCUGGCCUUCCUAAACCGUGACGAGGAGGAGGACGACUUAGGCGGCGGGAGCAGAGCAUUGGCAAAUCUGAGUCCGGACAGGAACAGCCGACACGAGUUUGAACGUUUACAGGCCACCAGGUCGUUGGAUCAAAGAUCAUAUCGUAGAGAGUCGGAAAUUUGACGCUAACUCAAUGACCAAGCAUCAGAUUCCUUUAACUUUAUCCAUGGAAUAAAAAUGCAGAACAAUGCAAAGUGCCAUAGGUAGAGCUAAGAAUUGUAAGAGAAUUGAAAACGAAUACAAAACCCUUAAAAAGGGAUUUUUUGGAAAUGCAAAUGUGUAGAUGGCGAUGGCAAGUAACAUCUACAAUUAAGAAAAAGAUAGACCUCCUUCCUUCACCAAAACUUGAAUGUUUUUUCACACGGUCAUUUUGAGUUAAGAAUGCUACGUUUUUUGGCAGGACCUUAUGAUACAUCUUAGGUGUAAAUACAUUUCCUAAAUAAGUCGUUUUGUGUCCAGUACCAGAUUCAAAAGCACCUUUAAAAGUAGAACGUGUUCUUGGCCACCCGUUGUAAUGUUCUGGAUCUUCUCUUCAGCUCGUCUAGCAAUGCUGUAAUUUGCUGGACAAGCAUAAAGGAAGACAUUAAGAAUUCAGUCACAAAAGUAAAACAUCAUUUCGUAGCUUUGUUUUAUAUUCUGGCACAAAAAUCUAAUUUUUACAGGAGAGCAGGAAACAUUAAAUGUGCUUUUAGUUUGACGAAGAAUGUAACGAUCAACUGAAAUGAAACAGCACAAACACUUUAUGAAUUACUACAGCACUUAUGAGGAGUUCAUACGAGUUGUUCGUGGCAUGGUUUUAACUUAAAAACCACAAACGCAAAAGUGGUGAAAAGUAACAUUUCACAUGCUUUAAGGACAUGCUGCAACAAUCCAGGUUUAUCCUGAUGAAGGUCAACCAUGAAAAGCUGUUCUUUGUAAUCUGACAAAGAACAACAACCUAAACUACAACCAUACUUUUGUAUAGCAUGUAACCAACCAUGUCAAUUUAUUUUGGCUGGUAUCCAUAAACUCAUAUAUAUUCCAUAUGAAACUUAAGCAAUAGUUUGCAUUUUUGUUUAAAUGCGGUUGUGCAGAGCAGUUACAAGACAUCAGUAUCUUAGCAGGGAUCUCAGUGUAUGAACGUCAGUCAGAUCUCAUCAAGCUAACAAUCUAAAAUAAUUCAAAUUCAAAAUCCAAAUGAUAUACAACGUAUUUUGAGAAAUUAUAACUUUAGCAUGAGAUUUUAUUUUAUUUUUUACUUUUUUUGAAAGUAAAAAAAGUAGUAGAGCAAAAUUGAUUUUGAGAGCAGACCGUGUGCUGAUAAAAACAUCCUUCAGCUGGUAACUAACAUUUAGCUCAGGCAAAUAUCCUUUAAUCUCCUCAAUCGAAAGAACCAGUUUUUUUAACAAAUAAAACUGAAGUAAAAGUUUACAUAAAUUUGAUCAGGGAAAUGUUUAUUUAGAAUUUCUGAGCAAUAUUUAUUUCAUUGUAACACCAAAUUUAAAAACAAAAUUCCAGCCGUCUUUAAAAUGUGCAGAUUUUAUCAAGUCGUAACACAGAAGACGAUUGAGAAAAUAGACAAAGUACAAUCAAUUGUAAUGCAUCAUGUGAAUUUGCCUUGAUGUAAAAAUAUCAAAUGUAGCAUUCCCUCAAAACACAAAGAAUAUUUUAAGCUUAUGUUGCGUUAGAUGUUGGAUAACUCCUGUGAAAUGGGCACUGCACUAAGAAGUUGUUAGCUUGUAUCUUCUGUUCGAACAUCUCCUGAUAUUUUCAGGUAAAACAUUUACUGCCCGCAAUUAAUCCACACAACCCCACUUUGUAAAAACAAUUGCAAUUUUUCUGUUUAAAAUGAAUCUAUGCAUAUUACCCAAAUCAGGGGAUAAACAUCUAAUCUAAUCUGUAUGUGAAACAAUUGUGUGAUGACAUUGCUUUAAUCAAUAUUCACUGUAGUAAAUGAAAAAUGGUGUGAAGUCAGUUUCCAUGAGUAGAUGUUUCAACAUGAAGAAAAUGGGAAAUUCAAAAGUGAAGUUAAGCUGGAAAUGGAAAAUGUCUGUUGAUAAAAAUUAUUCAGUUGUGAUUAACAAAACAUAUUAAUGGGUAGUUAAUGUGUUUUGAUUCGUUAAAAGGUGGGAACACAGUGGCUGUUACAAAGAAGAGAGAUGUGAACGUUAGCUAGAAAAAAGGAUUGUAAUCAUAAAGGCAACAAAUGACCAACUUCAUCUGAUUGGUUAAAAUCACACUGUAGACAGAUAUUUAGCUAAGAAAAAAGAGCAGAGUCAGUAUAGAGAGGCAUAAAUAGAAGCAAUAAACACUGAAGCACAUCAUUUUCCAGCCAAUUUAAUUAGAUGUGUUACGAUUUCCUCUUUGUCGACAAACUUAUAAAUCCAAAGAAGUUUUUGAAGGAUAUAAUGGAAAUGUUUUUUUUUUUUCAUUUCAACUGUACCUGUAUCACUAUUAGUUUUUGUAUAUAUUUGAUACCAAAGUAACAAAGUGUUGCUUAUAAUUAAGUUAAAAACUGAUUGUUCCCACAGCAACCAUCCAAAACCAUUUAGGCUGACACUUGUUGACAGAAAUCAUUGAAAAGAGAAAAUCAAGUUUAAAGCAACAUUGUCUCUCUUUGUCACUGACAAUAGGAAGUGUAAUAGAGCCCAUACUGGAUGUUACAUCAGAAUUUAUCACUAAUAAUAAUACUAAUAUCUCACCUGAACUGAUUUUUGUUGAUGUUCACACACAUCUAUAGAAGAGAGAUAAUGGAAUGUGGUGAAAUAUGAAAACAGAAGGAGAACCAUGUAAUGGUUGUUACAUUGGUCACAAUGACUAAUAUUUUCUUAAUAGUCAUUUAAAUGGUAUGUCUGAUAAUAUUUCUUAGUAAUUUGUUAGAGAAUAGAAAAAUGUACAGUUGGGCAAAAUAAGUAUUGAAUUCAUUUCACAGGAUAAGAAUCGACAUGUUGACUUGAGAUUCAGACUAGAUGUUGGUAACAACCAAUACAAUCCAUAAGUAGGAAAUCAUGAAAACAAAUAUGUCCAUAUAUGAAGUAAUAAUAUGGAAUAAAGUGAGAUGACAUGAGUAUGAAUGAGUGAAUGUUGAGUACUGUGAGUACUGAAUGAAUGAAAACACAGCAAAAAUGGACAGAAAGUUAAAAUAGUUGGCUGAUAAGGUUUCUUAACAUGUCCUGAUGAGUAAGAGAAAACGGUUGCAUUUCUAAAUUGGCAAUAGUUCCAGUGAACAUUAUUGGUGUCAACAUGUAGAAUUGGAAAGAUCCAGUUUCCAUCAUAAAGUGGUCAUGACCAAGCACCUUCCAAGAUUGUUGGCAGAGGAAUGAAAAGAAUUAUGAAAACAGUUGUCAAAGAGCCACAGACAAUUCACUGAGAGCUUCAGAUCAAUUUCCAUUUGUUUCAUGAAAUCCAUAAAUGAUACUCUCAACCACCACUGCGCACAGCGCAAGACUCCACUGCUGAAGAAGAAGCAUCAACUGUGGAGAAAUGUGCUGAGAUAUUCUUGAUAAAAACCCAAAGAUGAAUUCAGCAAGGCGAUGGUACCAAACACACAGCCCAGUGGGAUCUCGGUGCCUGUCAAUAAUGCUGCUAGAACGUCCGAGUCAACCAACCAAUCUAUGGAAGUCUAUGGAAAAAUUUGAAAAUUUAAAGAUGGUUUAUGUUAAGAAAGGGUCAAAACUCAAAUCUGAGCAAAGCACAUAACUUAGAUCAUAGUUAUUAUUAACAGCUUUUCUACUGAGGUUUUAAUGAAUUUCAUGUACUGUGUUAAAUUCUUGUUCCCUGUGUCAUUUCACUUUGUAACACAUAAUUUAUUGACUUUUUAAAAUUUAGAUUUCUGUGGAUAUUCUGGUUGUUGCCAACAUCUGCCAGCAAAGUCAAAGAAAAAUCUGAAAAUGUUCACUUAUUUUCCCUGCUGUACAUAGAUAUUUUUUGUUGUUUGACAAGCAUUCUUUUUCCAACCUUUACUAUUUAUUUAUUAUGCUCAUUACCUUCUGGGAAGGUUGUGUACACUAAAGUAUGAUAUUUCUGCACCCAAUUACUAAAUUGUAGAGGUAAUAAAAGUGAAGAGUCAACAACUUCUUCACUGGAUCAAUUUGUUUUUGUUUUGUUUUCAAAAAAUUGUUUCAGCUUUAAUAUUGUUCCCAUAAGCCCUUAAAGAGGAAGCAAACAUAAAGGUUUUAAUGAAAUCUAAAGGUUUAACAAAAUAAUGUUACGAUGAACAUUAUCAGGAGGAUUAAACCUGCUUAUUUUUAUAUAAGGUUCUUUUUUGAUAGAAAAAGCAGCAAUAAAUAUUUAUCUGUUUUUACCAGAGUAUUAAAAUGAAAUUUCACCUGUAAGUUAAAAAUCAAUAUUCUUGUCUGAAUCGUUUUUAUUUCAGCUCUAUUUUCUGCACAGAAGCUCAUGAUUAAACCAUUUGAUUUUUUUUUCUUCUUUUAAAUGGAUGAAUGAGAGAAAAAAAAUGAAAAAAGAACUUUGACCUCUGUAGAAGUCUUCCUUUGUCCAGCAAAAUGUCUACUGGACGUUUGAUUUUCAUUGAAAGAAAUUCAAAUUAUUCAAUUAAAAAAAA